GACGUCGCAGUUACGUUGUCGGCCGUGUUCUCUUCCGUCUGGUGCCAUUGCCGUCGUCCGUCGCAUGGCUGACAGCUUUCGCAAGCUCCCGCUGCUGCUUCUCGCCAUCUUCCUACUGGUCGUCGUCGUAGUGUUGCACGUGUGUUUCGUCGGGAGCGCGCCGCGGCGUCAACGCAGACGAACUUCGUCGAUGAAGGCCGUUAGGACGGAUAGUGGACAGGGAUCCCCCAGGGGAGGAGGGGAGCAGGUUGUGAGCAGGUGUGCCGUUGGGAGUUCUUCACCGGCUUGCAGGUUGUCGUUGGGGGUCGGUAAUUCAUCACUGCCGCCGCAUUUGCAACCCCUCCUUGACUCAUCUGAUGAGGAGGAGAGGGAGGGACGGGCACGCACUGUUCCGUUGGGUAGUGGUUCUACGCAGGAAUGGUCUUGGACGGAGCUGUGCGGCGGCAGUGGCGGCGUGCACAGCCAGUCCUUCACUGAACUGCUGGCGCCGGGUCUCGACGGGGAAGAAGGGCAUGGCGGAUCGAACGUGUCUUCCGGUCUGUCUACAGGGAGGUGUGGAAGCCAGACGCGCACAGUGAUCGUCAAUCCCCAUGUCGGCGACGACGGCGGGCAGUUAACUGCUGUGGACCGAUCAUUGAAAUCCGCAGGCGCGCAACAGUGGCAAGGACGAGCGACUUCCAUCUCCAGGAGCACGCACGGUCGUCCGUCGUUUAUGCAGUCCCCGGCUCCUGUGGCGGAGGAGCGACGGAAGAUCAGGGAGGGGCGAGAGGAAGCAACCAGGCGGGGGGUGGAGCGGCUGAGGAUGGACAGGCAGGCGGAAGAAGUUGAGGAGCCACAUGCGGGGCUUCCGUCCGAAGACGACGACAACGAUGGCGCAGGAGAGGCAGGAGACGGGAAUGGCGGUUACGCCUCGCCAUCGCAGAACAGCAACGGGGGGUGGAAGGGCGGCAAGACGAAGGCGACCAGCGGGAACGGUCAUGGGCGGCCGAAGAAAGCGCAAGCAAAGGCGAACGACGGAGAGGAGAAGCGAAACUUUUGGAGUGUCGAACAUAUCAUCGCGCUCAUACGGGCGAAACGCGAUCAGGAUGCGCACUUGCAGGGGAUGGGGCAUGCCUAUGCCCGAAUGAAGCCGAGGGAGUGGAAAUGGAAUGACGUCGCCAGAAGAUUGAAGAAUGUGGGUGUCGACAGGAAGCCGGAGAAAUGUGGGAAGAAGUGGGACAACCUCAUGCAGCAAUUCAAGAAAGUUCAUCAUUUUCAAUCGUCGUCCGGGGGAAUCGACUUCUUCCAGUUGAACGGCAAGGAGAGGGCGAGACACGGCUUCAAUUUCGACAUGGACCUCGCCGUUUACGGCGAGAUUGAAGGGUCCAGCGGUUCCAACGAAACCAUCAACCCCAAAAACGUUGCCGACACUGGUGCCCGCGGCGGUGUGCGUUUGCCGUCGACGACAACUGCUGAUCCUCAAGCAGUUGGUGAUGCCGACGCCGGUGCGGGGGGGGAAGAUGAGGACGAGGGAUCGACUCAUGGUUCCUCCCAGACGUCGGGCAGCCCCCAUGGUUUCGGAAAGAGGAAGAGCACGCGGCAGCAGACGUUCGAAGCAAUGAUGGAGUGCAUGGACAAGCACGGUGCGUUGAUGGCGGCCACGAUGGAGAGUGCCAACAAGCGGCAAUGCAGCAUUCAGCUACGACAAUAUCUUCUCGCCGCCAUCUCUGAGGUCGACGGAUCCACGUUCUUCUUACGCGCCUUCCAUUCCAUCUUCAACACACGACACGCAAUAUCUUCUCGCUCCGUUCCAUCUCGAAGAGUUCUUGGGAAACAAGUCAGGGAAGGCGAGGUCGCACCGAAGAAAGGUCGCCACGAUCCCGCGAAGAGAAGAAGGGGCAUCCAAGGCGGGAAGGCCGCAGUUGGGAGAGAGGUGGAGGCAGAUUGGGUGGAUGCACAGGAGAGACGGGAGGAGGACGACGACUUCGAAGAAGUAGACGAACAGACUCUCGUGAGGAAAGUGAAGCAGAGAACGGGGGGUGCGAUACGGAUCAAAAGGGUGGGCGCUGCGGAGGUGGCUCCUGAUCAGCGGCAGACGCCGUCGAGUAAGCGGAGCGAACAGGCUGUUGGCGUGGCUAGCAGUUCCCAAGCUGUGGUCGACCAGUCGACGAUGCGUUCCCCUGCGCCGCAGCCUCGCGGGGAGGCAGUUCAGGGUGCGUCAGCCGUGGCGGACGUUGCGAAGGCGGGCGAUGGCGGGGCGGCGAGCGAAGACGACGAACCGCAAGUGAUGAAGCUUCGCGGGCAACGUCCGGAGGCGAAAGCGAUGGAGCCAUCGGCGAUCCGAAGGAGCAUCAGCCUCCCCCAUAGUUCCAUUCCGCAGAAGAAGAUCAAAGACGCCUCGGAGUUGAGGGCGGCGAAGGAAAGGGCGUUAAAGGUGGAGAGCAUUGCGAAGAGGGCCAUCCACGGCUGGAUUUUCAAGUCCGACAGCAGACACAAGGGGUAUCACUUGGAGUACCAGUACGCCUUGAACCACGCGGCGACUGACAUGGCGAGAGCGAUGUGGGCAUUGGAGGACUGGCGUUCGUUAGUCAGCCCGAUGGCGAUUCGAAACACGCUGGAGUUGGUUAUGAAGCUCCCUUUGUGGUUCGUCGGAGCGAACGUGGUGGACAGGCACCAGGACGACGAGUGCGCGGCUUACCAGGAGGCCAUCGCUCAACGUUUGGUGCGCGAUUUCACGAAUGUGGUGGAGAUGGCGCAGGCGAUGGACUCGGGGCGUGUGUCUUACGAGCGCCUGAAGUCCCUGGCGGAGGCGAUGAGGUACUUGCUGGCGGCGGCGGCGUGGAUAAUGAGGAUGGCUGGGGACAACGCAAGAUCGCACUUCGACGCCUGGGUUUUCAUGUAGUUGACGUCGAAGACCACACUUCUUGCUGCCAUGGAUCGCCAUUUUGACUCCCGUCGUCAUGUCUUGCUAGCCGCAACU